GAGUGUACUCUAAGUUCCACGUAAGGUAAUUUUAGUGUUCAAUUUCCAAUGUCAACGUCAAUUUUGCUUGGUUUUACGCUGGUUCUGGUUCUAGCAAUUGUGACCCACCAACUCGUUCCAACGGGAUGUGUCACCAUAGAAAAUCGCAGAGUGGAAAGAUAUCUGGUCAGCUCAACCGACAACGACGUCGACCGGCGCCACGUGGAGUACGAGAGAGACGCAGAAACGUGGAUCAUCACGAGGGAGGGAAGGUACUACAGGAUAACGCACGCAAAGUUGGGGGAAGAUUUUUACGAGUCGGAGUUUUAUUGGAAUGGGAAUUAUUUGUUCACGUGGAAACCAAAAACUAGGAUUACCGAUGGAGGAGCGUCGUGGAUUAUCACGCCGACAGAUCCGGGAUUUUUCCAGAUAAAGAAUGCUAAAUUUGGUCAUUGUUUGUAUACGAACGAAAUGAAUAGUUGGAUCUGUGCCUACAAGGAUUGUGACAACUCAAGGUACGAGUGGAAAAUAAGUUCUGUAAAGUGUUAAGAAGAAAAAAAUGUUGAUCUUAUUCAAUGAAACAAACUAUUUGUUCU